UAGCGAGAGGAAAGAAGCAGCCAGGCUGUCCUCUCCCUUCGUCGUGAUCCCCCUUUCCAUUUGCAUCUCUCACGGUCCAGAAGGUAAGCUCGAUCGAUCAAGGCCAUGGCAGAGAUUGCAGCGGUUGGGUGGGCGAUGUCCGCCCUGGGAUGGAUCGCGUCGCCGGUCACCACGCGGCUCCUCAACGAUGGCUUCGCCCUCCUCGGCUUCGACGAAUCCGAGAAGCUGCGCGACCUGGAGGCCCGGCUGCUGCCGCGGCUGGCGCUGAUGCGGGAGCAGGCGGAGAGGAUCCCGCCAGACCAGAGGGCCCACGUUAAGCUGUGGGCCAACAGGCUCAGGGACGCCUUCUACGACGCCGAAGACAUCCUGGACGCCGCCGAUUAUCACCGCCUCCAGAACCAGGUCAAUAGUCAAUCGGGAGCUAAGUCAGUGCUGGAUCGUGCGAAAAAUGCCAUCUCAGGAAAAGUCAAGUUCAAGAAAGUUCUAAAGAAGUUGGAAAAACUAAUUGAACAAGGAUCUCAGUUUUUGACACCUCUGGCAAGCAUCAGUAGCAAUGGUAGCCAUGGCAAUGACACAUCAAAUCCCGCCAACAAUGUGAAUGGACUUGUCACUACAUCAAGGGCUCCUACACACAUCAUAUUUGGAAGAGAUGGGGAACGAGAUGAGAUACAUAGGUUGCUCCAUGACACGGCACAUGAUUUUGAACCAAGUUCUAGUGACAGCAUGUGUUAUUCUGUGAUUGGCAUCUACGGUAUCGCGGGGUCUGGGAAAACAACCCUAGCACAAUAUGUCUGUAAUUACGAGCGGAAUGGUAACUACUUCUAUCAUAUCAUGUGGAUUCAUGUUUCUCAAAGUUUCAGUGUGGAUAAUAUUCACCAGAAAAUGCUCGAGGCUGCUUCGAGGGAAACAUUCCAACCGUUCAAUAAUCUUGACACCCUACAAAACAAGCUUGAGGAUGAAUUAAGAGGCAAAAGGUUCUUUUUAGUGCUGGAUGAUAUCUGGGCUGUGAACGAUGUGUGUGUUCAGUUGAAAUUAGAUCAGCUACUUUCUCCUCUGAGGGUUGGGAAGAAAGGGAGCAUGGUCCUUGUUACAACUCGAUUCAAAAAGGCAGCUGUACAUAUAGGUGCUCAGAGCCUUAUAAAAAUACCUGACUUGAAUGAGAUGGAUUUCUUCAAACUUUUUAUGCAUUAUGCGCUCAAUGGUGCAACCCUUGAUGCCAAAGAAUUAGAUACAUUUCAAAUGAUUGGAAAACAGAUUAUGAAGAAACUGAAGGGGUCACCAUUAGCAGCAAGAGUAGUAGGAGCACGACUCUGCCAAAAUUUGGAAUCUACGUUUUGGAGAAGAGUUGGGGAUCAGGAUGUGUUGCCUGAUACCAUGGGAGCUCUAUGGUGGAGCUACCAGCACCUUGACGAGCAGGUUAGGCGAUGCUUUGCAUACUGCAGUAUGUUUCCCCAAGGAUACAUGUUUAAACGUGACGAGUUAGUUGACUUAUGGAUAGCAGAAGGCUUCAUAAAGAACACCAACUCCGUUCAGCAAAUGGAAGAAGUAGCUCUGAAAUACUUCGAUGAACUGGUGUCAUGCUCGUUUCUGGAAACAAGAAAAUACGUUUAUGGCAGUAAGGAUGAGUGGUUUAAUAUGCACGAUUUGCUGCACGAAUUGGUAGUGAUGGUUGCUGGAAAUGAUUGCUUUCGAGUUGAAGGUGGUGAGAUGAAAGAAUUCCACCCUGACAUUCGCCAUCUGUAUGUCUGCUCUAAAGAUCAAGUUAAGGUUACAGAGCAGAUUUGCAAAUUGGGAAAACUGCGCACACUGAUAUUCAUUACUAAUAUUGGUGGACAGGGGAUAACAAUAGAAGAACUUGAGGGCAUGCUGAAAAAUUUAAAGAAGUUGCGUGUGGUGCAAGUAGUAGUUGAAGGAUAUAUGGCAGCUAUUCCGACCUGUAUUUGUGAGUUAAAACAUCUACGCUUUCUCAGAAUUCAUAAUUCCCUGUCGACGAAGGUGCAUUUGCCGAAACAUUUGGGCUCACUUUAUCACCUGCAGAUCCUAGAGCUCCGUGGUUCAGGUGUUUUAGAAUUCUCUAAUGUGAAAAACAUGAGCCACCUACUUAGCUUGCGGAGCAUUAGAUACUCUGGCUUUUCGUUUGACAACUCUGAUGUUUCAGGCUUUUCUGGCCUCGGGGAGCUGAAAUCACUUCGAGAACUUAGUGACUUCAAAGUGAGAAAGGAGAAAGGAUAUGAGCUGCAGCAGCUCAGGGGCAUAAAUCACCUUAGCGGGAGGCUGAGAAUCUGUGGCCUUGACUGUGUAGAAAGCAAAGAGGAAGCCCUAGAAGCCAAGCUAACUGACAAGAGGUAUCUCACAGCAUUGUCACUUGAAUGGUCAGGGUCUAGUCUGGGACAGCAUAGUUUGUCUCCAGACCUUCAAGUGGAGAUACUUGAGGGCCUCUGCCCACCCUCACAGCUCACAGAGCUGCGAAUAUGGGGCUACAGUGGAUUGAAGUGCCCAAGUUGGCUUUCAGAAAAUCAGAACGGUCUAGUUAGCAGCCUGCAAUAUCUCGAACUAUGUCGUUGUGACAAUCUGGAAGCACUUCCUGAAAUAGGCGAGCUUUUCAUUCAUCUUGGCCAUCUUAAACUCAUUGGUCUCCCUAUACUAAAAAAGUUACCGAAACUUCCAGAUAGUCUUAAGAGCUUGGACAUUCAACGGUGUAAGGCCCUGGUUCUUACAUGUUUGGAAGAUGUGGACACGAUAAGAUCACUCUUUAUUCAGCGAGCAUCUCAAAUUGAGCCAUCCUUAAAUAUUGCCACGGAAAUAGACAAGUUUGCUGAUGAACAACCUGAUAGGUUUGCCACAAUCUUGUCUGACAUUUUCGGAAGAUGUGGUACUUUGCUUCCUCGCCUUCUCCGGGGCCAUAUAACAGAGGAAGACUACACCAGGUUUAUGGUUCCUGCAUCAGUGGAUAGGGUUGUUAUCUCAUAUUGUGGCAUCACAGACACUGUCCUUCAGAACUCCUUGAGAGCCUCUACAUCCUUAUUUAGCUUGAACUUAAGGGGUCUUCCCUUUUUCACAGGAAUCCCUUCUGAGGUGAUGGAGUCUCUAGCUAUGCUUUCUGAUCUCUCCAUCGAUGAAUGCCUCCAGUUUAAGCAUUUGCAAGGUCUAAAUCGUCUCAGUAGACUGCAGCACCUUGGGAUUACGAAAUGCCCCAAUCUGGUGACCCUUGAAGAAGCUGACAAAGUGCGCAUCCUCCAUGGGAUUGCCACUGAUAGCAUACCCCUUGUGCCACAGCUGCUGUCAGGAGAAGGUUGUUCUACCCUAUGGAUUCUUAGAAUUGACGAAUCAGAGGAACUGGGGGAAGAAACAAUCCUGGAUCAGUUUCAUUCACUAACAUCCCUCGAAUUUAGUAGCUGCAAUUGGAAUCGCUUGCCGGAGAAUUUGGCAAACCUGACAUCUCUCGAGCAUUUGCAUUUGGAUAACUGCCGAAGUAUCCGAUCACUUCCAACUCUGCCCACAUCUCUGCGGUCAUUUGAAAUCACUGACUGCGAUCCGUCAUUCAUGAAGAGCUGUCAAAAGCCUGGAGAUACAAAUUGGAACAUGAUUGCUCACGUCCCAUUGAAACGAUUUGUUGACACUCAAAAUUGACUUGGGUUAGUUUUUUUGUAAAUGCUGAGACAGUUGUACUUAUCAUUGAUGCACACAAUGUAUUGCGAAUUGAUGAUAAGUAAAAUAGUGUGAAAAAUAUGUUGUGCCGAAAAA